AUGAAUAUUGAGUCGAAACCGACCACUGCCUCUCUUAACUCUCUUAACAAUAAUCAAAUCAUCCGAAGUGAAACUCGUCUAAGAGAGACAACGUAUCGUUUGAUUAUUAGUCAAUUCUUUUAUGAUGGACAUCAACAGCUUGCCGUUCAAUUAUCAAAUCUGUUACAGACUGCCCCACCGUGCCCUCCAUCGGAUCGUUUAACUCACAUUGUUCGUCUAGGAUUGAAAGCAGAAGAAGAUAUCGAAAGUACAAAAAGAUCUAUUACAACAUCAAUUGUAACUGAAAAUAUUCAAGAUAUUGGUUUGGAUUUUGAUUAUAAAUCAGAUUCGUUAAUUUCUACUCCCGAUGCUGGUUCUUAUGAAACAUGUUAUGUCACCGCUCAUAAAGCACCAUGUAGAACAGCUGUAUUCGAUUCAACAGGAUCUGUUAUUGCCACUGGAUCGGCUGAUGCUUCAAUUAAAAUAUUAGAUGUAGACAGAAUGUUAAUCAAAAAUCUGGAUUUUCCAUCUCAAUCGGAUCAAAACUUAGAAAAUCAUCCGGUUAUUCGUACAUUAUACGAUCAUGCUGACGAAGUAACAUGUCUUGAUUUUCAUCCCUAUGAUCCAAUUUUGGUUAGUGGUUCAAGAGAUUAUACAAUUAAAUUUUUUGAAUAUGCUAAACCAACUACAAAAAAGUCAUUUCGAACAAUGUCAGAAGUGGAUCAAAUUCGAUGUCUAAGUUUUCAUCCAUCAGGUGAUUGGUUAUUGGUUGGUACUCAAAAUCCGAUUGUACGUCUGUAUGAUGUUGAAACUGGCAAAUGUUUUGUCUCAGCUCAACCACAAGAACAACACUCAAAAGCCAUUACGUGUUUGAAAUGGUCACCAAAUGGCCGAAUGUUUGCUACAUCAUCAAAAGAUGGUACAUUUAAAGUUUGGGAUGGAGUAACGAAUCGUUGUGUAAAUACGUUUGAAAAUGCCCAUGCAAAUGAAGAAGUUUGUAGUGUAUUGUUUACUAAAAAUUCAAAAUAUUUAUUAACAAGUGGUAAAGAUUCACAAGUUCGAUUAUGGGAAUUAUCGACAGCGCGUUGUCUAAUUCAUUAUACUGGCGCUGGUUCAAUGGCGAAACAAGAACAUCGGGCUACAUGUGUUUUUAAUCAUACUGAAGAUUAUAUUUUAUAUCCAGAUGAAAAAGCGACAAGUCUAUGUUGUUGGAAUUCGAGAAAUGCUGAAAGACAACGUUUGCUAGGACUGGGUCAUAAUGCACCAGUAAAAUGUAUUGUACAUAGUCCAAUAACACCAGCAUUUGUAUCAUGUUCAGAUGAUCAUCGUGCUCGAUUCUGGUGUAAACGAACAUUAUUAUCGGAUUAG